GUUACAGUAAUAAAUAUUUCUAUCUGAAAAGUCCAUUAUUCUUGAGAUAUUUUUUGGAUUUGUUAUGUACAAAUAAACGAUUAAUUUUUAAAGAGAUUCGUUUUCUAGGUACAUCCGAAUCGAGCUCGACUACAAUCUCGACGAGAUUUAGCUCGACAGCUAGUUCGCGAUUUCUCUCAUCGCGAAGCAGUAACGAACGGGUUGUGAAUUAUCCUGUAUCCGACAGAUUUCGAAACACAGGUAGCAAUUUAACUAAUCAGAAAGACGAAAAGGAAUCAAGAGCUUCUACUAAGACUGACAAAGAUAGUAACCCCGAAUUAUCUAAACCUCCACAUCGGAUGGAAGAGAACAAUGUUAACAAUAGACUUCCUGAUAGCGAAUUUAUGACGCUGAUAAUAGUAACCAGAGGCACUUCACCGACAGCUCCAGCUUCUUCAUCUUAUGUCAGGAAUAGGCGAGCAGAAAUCGGUAUCAUUCAACAGAAAGAAGUGACAAGACCUCGAAAACUACCGGAAACUACGGACAAAGAAACGCAGUGCGAUCGAGUAGAAGAGACAUCGAGAUUCUCGAGGUAUGGCAGCGGCAACGGAGUAUCCGGUGCACCUUGGUCGACGUAUCUGGACAAAUAUUCGUCGUCAAGUACAAUAUCAGCUGGAAGUUCACCUAUAUAUUCCUCCAGAGGUUUCACUAACGUGAGUUCCGCUAGUGGUAGACUCAACAGUUUCGCGUACGCAAGAACGAGCGACACCUCGAAUACGAGAAACGAAUCCACAACUAAGGAACCUUCGAAUUCUAGUCAAGAAAUUCAUAAUUCUAGCAACAGAAAACAAAGCGAGAAAAUUUUUGGUGACGCUUUAAGUUGUACGAAGACCGGUGACGAGAAUUCAUCGGCGUCCAACGAUUCGAAGUCAUCAUCGAGCGGUCAGGAUAUUCACGGCGUCAGUGAAGCCAAAGUGCAAGGUAGCGAACAGAGUUUCUGCAGUACACGAAAGAACGAAACGAGCGGAAAUCCUAGUAGUUCCAAAACUUUCAACCAGGAUCUUGCACGUCAUCGUGAAGAGGAUUCGGCGACGCGGGAUUCUCGGGAAAGGAAUGGCUACGAGGAUCGGAAUAGCAGACAGAGUCCUGUGUCAAGGUGCGAUGAACACAAUCAGAGAAGACCGUCCAUUCCGCGACUUGGACGUAAUUCACCAAAAGGAGAAAUUAAAAUCCUCAAAAGUUCCUCAAAGACUGAAUUAAUAUCACCGAAACCGGAAGCAUACGAAAGGAGGGGUUCUACUCCUAAAUGUGAUGUCAGUUCAUCCUCUAGAACUGAGGAGUCCCUUCGUAUUGUGGAAGGAUAUUGCGAAGACCAGAAUGAAGAAGUUAUUUCUCACAAGCGUGAUACUUCGCAAAGAAAAGAUUCCACGUCAAGCUGUUCUUCGCAAAGUCGUUCGACAUCAGCGCCGCAGUCUCGAAGCGCAUCAACAAAGAACACGCGUCAAAUGACGCGGACCGGCUCGUCAGACGGAUCCUCUGUAAGCAUGCCAAUUGGCAGAUCAAAAUCAUCGUCAGCUAGUUCCGUGACGAGUCAAGGUGUAAAAAUAAAAGCGACGACGCCGCCAUCGUCCGGCAAAUCAUCCAGCGGUUCUGUCGUGUCGCCAUCAGUGAAUCUACGACAGGGCGGUUCGCCGGACGCGCGCGGCAAACCACCUGUGCCGAAGAAUGAUAUUACGACCGCCGCCACGCCGAAGUAUAUCGUGGCAGCGAAGUACGUGAACAAGGACUUCCGCAAGUCGACCUUGAAUAUGGAGAAUGGCAACCCAUCGUGCUCCAAGUAUGCGAGAAGGAAGAAGAGUCAGAGGACUAUCUCCGUUAGCUCCCAAGACUCCGAAACGACCUCGGAACAGGUUCCCCAGGCUGCCUCUUCGAGCUCGAUGAAGUCCAGUCGAUCAAGAUUGAGAACCCCCUCAGGAGGAUCAAAAGCAAUGAUAGGAAGGAGCGAUUCGAACGGUUCAAUGAGAAGGGAAGAAUCGGGUAGUGGAUCAAAGUCAUCUUGCGGAACAAAGAAGAGGCCGUCUGGAACAUCCAGUUCCAGCAGCAGUAGCAGUCAGUCGACCUCCGCAAAUUCCUCUAGUAGCGAGGAUGAUGACGGACGUGUGGACAAGCCGGAUUCGAGACGAAGGAAAAAAAAUGCAUCGAAGUCGCCUACGUGCGAAAUGAGAGGCAAGAUCAGUGGGGGAUCGUCGCGGACGAGCGUGCUGGCGUCGUCGACCGAUGAGAUAUCCAUGAUGAUGGAGAAACCGCCCAGGCCACCUUCUAGUCCGAGGUCAAAGAGCGAUCGUUCCGCGAAAACGGAAGAAGCCAAGUCUUUUCUGAUGCGAGCGUUGGCGCCGGUGACAAAUUUCUUUAAGAACAAGAAUCAGGAUUCGGGUGACACAAGCAAGUCAGGUGGUUGGGUUGAUUCCAACGAUGAGAACAUCGAAGGUAGUAGUAAUAAGUCAGGUCAGCCGUUGUCACCUUCUAGAUCAAUCAGUCAGAAUUUCUCGAAAGGCUCCAGUUUCACCAAUUCCGAAAGGAACGAUGGGAUAAAAAAUACUAUGAGAACUCAGUCUUCUGGAGAGAAACCAUGGUGGUUAGAUUCGAAUUCCGAUAACGUUCCUGACGGGAUUGAAAGGGCCAGUCCAUGGAACGAUAAUGCCAGCCAAGACACAACAAUUAGCACAGUUUUGCCAGAUGAUGGAAAAUACAAACUCAAAGUUUGGCGACAAGAGUCAGGAGAGCGUGCCUGGUGGUUGGACGACGUCUCAACGGAGGAAACGAAGAAAUCACCCUCCUCGACGUCUCCCAUCUCGAGACGGGGAUCAAAUCGAGGCAGUUUUCGAUCGAUCGACCGACGGAAUCGCAUUAGACACCAGCAAUCUGGUGAACGAGCAUGGUGGAUGAGCAACGACCCGGAGAACGUCCCGGAGGGUGUUGAGGUUUUCCCCGUAGCACCUCCUGAGAGCCAAAGCGUCGACAAACCUGAUGGCUUCGUCGAUAACGAGAGUCUUUACUCAUCGAAGCCGCUUAGAGUAAUCCGGCAUAUCGAAUCUGGGGAGAGGGCAUGGUGGAUGGACAGCUCGUCGAAUGUUCCUGACGGGGUCGUGAGGAUUCCUGUAGAAACUUCCAAUAGCACUUCCGACUCCUCCGAGUCGUACGAGAAGAUCGAUAUCGGCGUUAACCCUGAACCUGAAACGUGUGUCAAGAGAAGUCUCUCCAGAUUCCCCAUUGAGUUUCCGCCACCACCACCGGAGGAACCGUUGGGUGAUCGUGCAAGUCCGGAAGGGGUCGAGAAUCCACCUGAUCCUCCAGACAAUUACGGCGGACGAGACUCGCCUUACGAUAAUGUGCAGCCGGCACCCCGAAGAUUGUCACCAAGGAAACGACCUUCCACAUUACCGCUGUUCAUCGGCGAACAUACUAAUAUCGAUGACGUGCUCGGUGAUACAGUUACCCUGUGCCGCAGUCCCAUUCUCUCCCGCGUUCGUAAACAGCAACGCGUCAAAGAAGAUUCCACCGAAGAUAGCUCGGAGUGUGAGGAAAUAGAUGCGACCCAGGUAAUCAUCCAUGACAGCACGCCGAAAACACCGGUGAUUCAACGAAGAAACCGGGACAAGAAGAGAUUUCAACCCGACGGCUAUAUUCCGCUCGACGACACGGCGCUCCAGCUGUACAAGGGCGGCGAUUAUGGAGCUUACCUGGAUCUCGAGGCCUCCAUCAACGAGCAGCAGGAGGAGUUCGAGGGCUUCCACGAGAGCCGGAAGAACGCGAUCAUUCUCAGGACCCAGCUGUCCGUGAGGGUUCACACCAUCAUAGAAAAAUUGCUGAACAGCGAGGGCCGCGAGCUGCGACGGGCUCUCUUCUCCCUCAAGCAGAUCUUUCAGGAGGACAAGGAUCUGGUGCAUGAGUUCGUGCAAAAUGACGGACUCGCCUGCCUUAUUAAAGUCAGCAGCGAAGCUGACCAGAAUUACCAAAAUUACAUUUUACGAGCACUCGGCCAGGUGAUGCUGUACGUCGACGGCAUGAACGGAGUGAUGGAACACGGGCAGACGGUGGAAUGGCUGUACACGUUAAUUGCCAGCCGUUUUCGGCUGGUGGUGAAGACGGCGCUGAAGCUGUUGCUCGUGUUCGUCGAGUACGUGGAAACGAACAGUCUGCUGUUGGUCAGGGCUGUACGGGCGGUGGAUCAGGCGAGGGGAGUGGUACCGUGGAUUAACGUGAUGAAACUCCUCAAGGAUUAUGACGCCGCUGACACAGAGUUGCUUAUAUAUGCGACGACCUUGAUCAACAAGUGCCUGAACGGUAUCCCCGAUCAGGACACUUACUACGAUCAGGUCGACUGCCUCGAGGAGCAAGGCAUGGAGGGCAUCAUUCAGAGGUACAUGUCGAAGCAGGGCACGGACCUCGACUUGCUCAGGCAAUUCCAAAUCUACGAGGCGGUGUUGCAUCAUGAGGACGGCGACACGGGUUCGCCUAUACGUCAACUGGAUGACAAUAUAAGGAAGACCUUGCGGAAUCGAAAGUCUCUAGUGGAUUCUCACGAACGACGGAAGUCCCGGAGGCAUUCAACUGGUAACUCACCCCUAUCCAUGUCGUUGAACGCGCGUCUGAGUCCACGACUAAAUCACUCUUUGGGUGUGAGCUCGCUGAACAACACCUUAAACUCGAGCCUACCAGAUGACGACAACGAAUCAAGCAGCUCUCAAAGUUCCCAGGGUCAUCUGGGUGAAGUUCAGCUUAAUGGUAGUUACAAAGAGAACAAAGUGGAUGUUGGUGUUACACCAGCGCUGAGACGGCGAAGAGAACGCGCAGAGAGACAGAGGAGCUUCAUUAGAGAGCAACAAGAGGCUACCGCAAACAUGAGAGCUUCGCUUGGUCAUACCGAUGAUCAAGAAAGCCAUUUUGCAUCAAACAGUCUGCGAUAUACAAACGGCACCCCUUACGAAAGAAACGCUGAUUCUCCUUCAAACAAGUUGCCCAGAACGAAUAGCAGGAAGGAUUUGACGCCCUUGAUGAACGCCGCGAACAAGCUCGACUCGGAAGAGAAGAAGCCAUGGUACGGCAAAAGUCCCAACGAAGGUGUCGAGUACGAGCAGAGUAAUCACACCGACGAAGACGAGGAUCGUCGAGUGGUUCUACAGCUUAAGAGGGAAGGAACCGUCAAGGAUCUCACGCAGAAGUUAGCGGCACAGAAUCUUAUACCUAGCAGCCCCGUGGAAGAGAAAGUUUCCAGGAUAGGAGAUAUGAGCGGGUUGAUCUCGAAGGCAAAAGAAGGACUAGCGAAGUCGAAGUCGAAAGCGGACGUGCUAAAGUCGCCAACAGGCGAUAAUUUACCCAAGCUGCAGGAGACGAAGAAAUCUGAGAAUGAGUUGCACUGGGAAGAGCUGGUGAAGAAGUUGACGCGACCGUUGAUGCUUUGUGACCUAGAUUUCACCGAUCUGAACUCCGAGGAUGAAAUCGACGUCCUGCGCGCCGCCAACGUGACGAACGGUGUGCCACCCCCGCCGCCUCCGAUGGCGCCCCCGGGAGGCGACAUUCAGGCACCACCGCCUCCUCCGUUGGGGGCGAGGCUGCCACCCCCGCUUCCUCAGGGUCCGCCGCCACCCUUCGGCGUUAGUCUGAAGAGUUCAAGGCCGCUGCCGCCGACCAACGAGUCCAGCAACACGCCGAAGAGUCCGCCGUCAUUGCUCGCGAAGAAGAGCAAGAAGACGGUGAAGCUGUUCUGGAAAGAGGUGCGGGACGAUCCCAACAUUCUCGUGCGACUCGAUAAGCACAAGAUGAUCUGGGACGAACUGACGCCUGUGGCGGUCGACACGCAGAAGCUCGAGCACCUGUUCGAGAGUCGCGCCAAGGAUCUCAUCACCAAGCAGAAGCAGCAAGAGAUGAACAAGAACAAGGAGAUCAUUGUGCUGAAUCAUAAAAGAUCAAACGCUAUUAAUAUCGGCAUGACGAAACUGCCACCACCGAGGUCCAUCAAGACGGCGAUUCUGAAAAUGGACGCUACUAUCAUGAACAGAGAGGGUAUCGAGAAACUUCUGACGAUGCUGCCUACCAAGGAAGAAAAGUCCAGGAUACAAGAGGCGCAGGCCGCCCAUCCUGAUCUUCCUUUAGGAUCGGCCGAACAGUUUCUUUUGACUUUGACGUCCAUUUCGGAAUUACCAGCAAGAUUGAAAUUAUGGGCAUUCAAACUAGAUUUUGAGAACUCCGAAAAGGAAAUCGCGGACCCUUUGAUGGAUCUGAAGCAAGGUAUGGAGACCUUGCGAGUGAAUAAAACGUUCCGCGGGAUUCUGAGCACGCUCCUUUCGAUCGGGAUAUUCCUCAACGGAAAUGAGGUGAAGGGCUUUCAGCUGGAAUACCUCGUCAAAGUACCUGAAGUGAAAGAUACGGUUCACAAGCACUCGCUGCUUCAUCAUCUCUGCCAUAUGGUGAUGGAGAAGUUUCCGGAUUCUACGGAUCUCUACUCCGAGAUCGGCGCGGUAACGAGAGCCUCUAAAAUCGAUUUCGAUGAACUGGCGGCGAACAUCGCGAAACUCGAAAGCGAGUGCAAAGCGUCUUGGGACCAUCUCAAGCUCAUUGCAAAGCACGAUGGUUCCACGAUGAUGAAGGUCAAAAUGUCUGAUUUUCUUGCCGACUGCGCCGAGAGGAUAAUCGUCUUAGGCAUCGUGCACAGACGUAUCAUAAACCGUUUCCGUAAAUUCAUCCUGUGGCUCGGUAUACCGCUGCAUAGGAUACAGGACACGAAACCGAACGAGUUUUGCAGAAUUGUGUCCGAAUUCGCUCUGGAGUACAGGACCACCAGGGAACGAGUGAUACAGCAGCUCGAGAAGAAAGCCAAUCAUCGCGAACGCAAUAAGACUAGAGGGAAGAUGAUAACGGAGGUCGGCAAGUUCCGUACAAAAGAGGAUCGAGCAGAUGCAGAACUCAGGCAACUACUUGGCAGUGACAUCUCAGACGUCGAGAGUAUCCACGGCACUUUACCAUGGCGAAGACAGAGGAAAGACGGACGUAUAAUUCCGCUAGGUCCGGUGCUCAGGGAUGAAAGCACCAAUGGUAACUUGGCUGACGGCGUCGACGAACUGCUGGAAUCACUGGUGAAGACCGCGACGAAAACUCCAGCCACCAGAACUACGCCACGCGAACGCAAGAGGACCAGACACGCCGAUCGUAAGUCUUUGCGUAGAACGUUGAAGAACGGUCUCUCGGAAGAGGAGAAGAAGCACAUCGCCGCCUACAUCAAGGGCUACUGACUGUGAUAAUAUUCGAAGGCUACGACAUGCUCUCGCGAGACGAAAAAGAGAACAGAACGUCAAUAUCACGAAGAGGUGAAACGGGGGAAGUUCGGCGAAUGGCACCAUGAUCCCUGUCCAUGUCUCGAUUAUGGGAUCCUGCCUUCCGCUACGGUACCUACCACCUGGACAAAGUCAAACUGCGAUCGCGGAGCUCGACAUUCGUGGCAUCCGCGUGCAUGCACUCGUCAUUCGAUUUGCCGAGACGAAAUAACAAGCAAAAAAGAAAAAAGAUGAAAUACGUUCUGUCGUGUAUUAAACGGUGAUUAAGUAUUAAUCGGUGAUUUAGGCUUAAGCGAACGAUCAAGCGAAUAGGUUCCUCUUGACGCGUAUUUUAAUGUGUCUGCCUCGUAGGGAUUUCUUUAUUUCAUAGGAAUUGCCUUGUUACGCGCGCGUACACGUCCGCCAUGUUUUGUAGAAAUUUUCCAGUUGCACCGAAAAAUUUCUUUUAUUCGGAAAUUUCUGAAAGAUUCGACGAUUUGCGAUUACGUAGAAUUUUCUGUACGUUCUAUUUUCUUUUCUUUGAAAGUUACGCGCCUUGUUUACGUAAUUAUAUAUUUUACGUAUCAAUCUAUACUUGUUACACUUCUCGGAAGAUUCACUUGAACUAUGACAGGGUCGACUUGACAAUCACAUCUAACACCACGUGCCUCGACGAAUUUUUUAUGAUCGAUCGAUCGAUAUUUCAGGUCGCUCGAACAGUCUUCCUGCUCGCGUCGAUCUGUUUACAACGAAGGGAUAACUAUUUUACAUAUGAAUACUACAUAUUAGAAUGAUUCCUGUCAAAUAGCGAACGUAUCGAUAUAUACCGGAUGAUGUAAAUCAUUAGCGACAUGAUUUGCCUUACGGGAGAAGAAACAUAAUUACUUUAAUCAUCAUUUUAUUAUCGCGUUUCAUAGAAGCGCAUAAUCCCAAUCAUUAUAACUCUCUGUGAAAAUGAUUCUUGAAAUAAAACGAGAAGCAAUUAUAAAUA